GUGAGGAAACCAAAAUAUUUGUUUUUCUACUUACAAAAAGAAAAGAAAACAGUAAGCAACCUCGUCUUUUCGAACGCGAUUCAAAAAAUAUUUGUGUUAUUUUUAUUUCAACGAAAGAUAGUAAAAUAUAAUGAAACCACAAUAAAACUGAAACGAUAUUGCAACCGUAUUAUCUUCAAAUUUAUCGGAAAAUACUUUUGCUAGCGGAACAGAUUCUUGUUUAUAUUCUUAAUACACUGCUGGACGAAAAUUGCCCACCAAUUACUGUUCCUAUUCGGGUGCAAUGUUCAACCAUGACCUUCGUAGUUAUGACCUGAAGGUAGAACUGGCAAAAUGCUUCAACGGAAACGGAAUUGUCUAUCUUGGACAAUAUAUUCCUUCAAAAGAACAUGUAGCAAUAAAAAAAUUUCUCAUGGAAAACAUACGAAACGAUUUUAAUCUUAUAAUGGAAGAAGCGAAACACAUGCGCGAGUUUGACCAUCCAAACAUUCUCAGUUACUAUACGGCCUUUGUACAUACCUUAGAUUUGUACUUCAUACUACCAUUGAUGUGUUACGGUUCCUGCCGCGAUACGAUGAGUAAUUACUUCGAAACGGGAUUUCCGGAAAUUCUGUUAGUUUGCAUUUUAAAAGAUGUGACUAACGGGUUGGAAUAUCUGCAUCGGAAAGGUUAUAUCCAUCGGUCCAUCCGAGCUAGUCACAUAUUCCUAAACGAAUCACGAGCCAUUAUCGGUGGCUUUCGCGUAUGCACCAACUUUCUUGGCGAAGGAAAACGUGUGAAAAACCUUCACGAGCUUCCGCCUCAUUCAACCAAAAGUCUCAACUGGUUAGCUCCUGAGGUGUUGGCCCAAAAUUUAUUAGGGUAUACAGAAAAGUCUGACAUAUACAGCCUAGGAAUCACGACCUGUGAGCUAGCAAAUGGGGUGGAACCCUUUAGCAACUUUCAGACCACGCUUAUGCUGACGGAAAAGAUGCGAGGUUAUCAGCCACUACUCCUAGACUGCACCACUAUUCCCAGUGAGGAAGUGUUCGCUCAAGCGAUGGAUUCCGGUGUCGGCGAUAGCGGUUCGACGCAAACAAGGCAAAUCUACUCGCGCAGACAAUUUACUGACGCGCUUCACAAAUUUGCCGAACUGUGUUUGAUAUCGGAUCCAAAUGAGCGAGCGAGUGCGACGGAACUGCUUGGUCAUCCUGUUUUCAAACAAUGCAAGUACACCAGCAUUCGGGAGCAAUUCACAGCAUGCGACAUUGAGACAGCCGACUUCAAUACCAUCAAAGACUACGAUCUCAACCUAUCCAAUGAAUUCUCAGGAAUGUCGAUGGACACGAGUGAAAGUAAUUUCGAAUGGGACUUUGAAGUAUCAUAAACAUCACUAUAUGAUACACCGAUAGCCCCUCUACCGUCAAAACUGUUUGUUAGCGUUAAUCGUUAUUUUUACAGGCGUCUAGAUAUUUGUUAAAGCGCCAUAACAGAAAGGUUGUCGGAAAAACAAUUCAAAGUAUUAAAAUAAAACUUCCGAAGAUAUCAGUGUAUAAGUUACGUUUUUAUUACUGAAAUUAAAAUAUAAUAAAAAUUUGACAUAGGUAUUUUUACUAUUGUUUAACUUCUGUUUUCAGAACCAGCUAGAAAUGCAUUUAAAUGUUUCACUAUAGUCGCUCGAUAUGCCAGAAAGUAUCUUACGUGCAAAACCAAAUUCGAAAUAGCGGAGGAUUAGGCGGUAAAUAAUACUUUAACCUUUUCAAAAUUUGACAUUGUAGCAAAAAUUAAUGGUAGCUUGUAUCUAAAACUUCAAACAACAUCGCAUGUGGCCAAUGAAGUCACCUGCCGAAUUGAAGUUAAAAUGCCUUACGUACGGUGUUCAUAGUAACUAUGCUCUAAAUGGAAACGAUACAUUCCAAUUUUUUUCGAUGGUUGUCCCUCUAAGUAUGAUUAUUGUUAUUCAAUUCCACGUGGAAUUGGGCACAAAUUCUUGUGUAUUUUAAAAGCAGGAAAUUUAAAAACAUGGUGGAUUUGUUGAAAAAUGCA